AUGUUUUUUAUAUUAUUCAUUACAUAUUUCCUCUUUGAUAAAUCCAAUUGUGGAUCUAUAUCCAUAGUUAAAUUUAAUGCGUACUUACCAGAAGAUACUUCAUUAGAGAAUGAAUAGACAACUCUAAAAUUGAACAAGGAAUACUUGAUUUAUUUUGGAUUCAAUUUAAAAGGUCCCUAUACAAAUAUCAAUGACUAUUUAAGAAUAGAUAUUUAAGGAUUCAAAUCAGUUAGGUUUAUGGAGCAAUCAAAUCGCUUAACUUCGCCGGAAUAUGUUAAUAACGAUCCUGCAAAUCCUUACAUAAAAUACAAUAUGAACUUCUAAAGUGCUCUUUUUCCAUAUUAUUUGUAAUUUUACAUAUCAACUGGAGCAUCGAUCAAACCACAUAGCUUCGACGCAUUUACUUAUAAUACAAUUGAAACUUUGAAAAUUGAUAAAAUGGACAGUCCAAAAACAUUCAUAGUGGAUGGAGGAACUAUAACUUUUGAUAUAAGCGUACCAAAUAAGAGAUCUGGUGAGAAAUCUUAUUAUUCAAUAAAUUUAAAAUUCACCAAUGCUUUAUCAGAAGAUGAUACUAAUAAUAAGCUAACUUUUCCCUUACCUACAAAUGCUAUUUUAGGUGGUUCUUCAUGUUUGCCUGCAACAUUGAUUUGUUCACAUGCAGAUAAUCUUAUAACUGUUACUAAUUUAAAUGCAAAUACAUAAUAAAUAAUAUCUAUUGAAUUUAUUAAUCCUUAAUCAUCAUCAACAUCUAUAACCUUUAGUACUUUUAUUAGUUAUAUUGGUCCUGAUAAAGUAGACUAAAGCAGUACUUCUUAAACUGUGGCUGGUUUCAAUGAUGGAAAGCUAACUGUUUUUACAGUUGAAAGCGGUUCACUAAAAGUUGGUUAAAAUGGGUCAAAUAUAAAAUAUAAAUUUACUACAUUAAACUAAAUUAUAACAGGUUCUCAAAUUGAAUUAACAUUACCUGAUGGUGUUGCAUGGGAUACAACCCCAACCCCUAUUUAAUGUUCAUUAGAUGAGACAGGUUCCAGUUGCACUUAAACUUUGCUAGAAAAUUAAGUAUUAACUAUUACUAUUACUUUAACUAAUUCUAUAGAAUCUAAUAAACAACUAGUUUUAACAGUUAAUUCAAUCAAAACUCCUAAAACAUUUGAACCGAUCUCUAGAUUUAAAUUGAAAAUAUCAAAAGAUUCUGUUAACUAUGAUUAUAAUAAUGACUUAGGAACUUUAACAAUGACAUAAUAAAGUGAAAUUUAUUUGACUUACCAUGAUAGAACUAUCAAUAAGAAUGGUGCUAAAUCAGAUUAUACUUUUGGUAUAAAAUUUGGUACAAUUUAACCAAAGGACACUAAAUUAACUUUUACAAUUAAUGGAUAUGAAUUGAAAUACGUAAACAAAGUUAGAUUUAGUGAUGUAGAUUAUACAGAAGCAUCUGCUUUAGUAGUUACUUCAACAGCAUAUACCAUUACAAUAUAAUUUACUACAGAUAUUACUAGUCAAGAUGAUGAUAUAAUCAUUUAUAACAUAUAAAAUUUGGAUAGUUCAAGAAUAGGUACAAUCACUGCAGAAACAGCUCUUAAUACAUAUAAGAUCUCAAGCACACAAUCAUCUGAAACAAUUCCAGAAUCUGAACCAAAUGUUAUUACUGUUACAUCCAUGGUCUAAGAAUAACAAUUUCUAAGUGUUGUUGAUUCAUAUCAGUUUAUCAUUGAAUUAACCAAUCUUUUAACUGAUGGUUGCUCAAUUAUAGUUAUAAUGCCAGAUGAUUUUUAGACAGAAAUGACAGAUUGUUUUACUGCAAUUGAUAAUUUUGACAAAUUUACCUUAGAAACAUGUUAAGUCAACAGCAAGGAAAUUAGAAUAAAAACAAAAACUGUAAUUUCAAAUAAAACUAUUUAAUUUAGAUUAAAAAACUUAAUUAGAAAUCCAAAAAAUUAUUCACCUUCCUAUUUUUUUUAAAUAUAAACUGAAAAGAAUUCUAAUUUAAUGGAUAAAUCUGAACUAUCAGAUGAAAAACUAAAAUUUGUAAUGAAAUGUUCUGAAUACUGGUCUACAUCAUAUUGUAAAGAAUGUGAUAAAUCUGGUGCUUGUUUAUCAUGUUAUUCUGAUACAUCAAUAACUUCAAAUAUUAAUUUAUUAAACAAUAAAUGUCAAAGUAAAUGUGGGGAGAGGUUUUAUCCUGAUUCUAACAGAAAAUGCCAAAGUUGUCCAAAUUAUUGUUUAGAAUGUACUAGCAGUUCAUUAUGUUAAAGUUGUAUUGAUAUAACAACUUAGGAAAUAAAGAAUGGAAAAUGCGUAUUAAAAUGCUCUGAGAGAUAAUUUGAUUUCAAUGGUAUAUGUACAGAUUGUAACCAGAAUUGUAAUACUUGUGUUGAUUAAAGUACUAAAUGUACAUCCUGUGGAGAAAUUAAUAAUUUACUUUAUUAAAACAAAUGUGUAUCGCAAUGUCCAACGGGGAUAUUUUAGAUAGGAUUUUCUUGUAUCGCAUGUACAUCACCUUGUAAAACAUGUGAUACUGGUCCAACAGUAUGCCUAACUUGUGUUAAUAAUUAUUAUUAUAAAAAGGCUUCAUUUAGUUGUGUUAGUGAUUGUGGUAAUAGAUAUUAUAAAGAUGGAAUCGAAUGUACUUUAUGUUAAGAGCCUUGUAAUAAUUGUUCUAGUAACACUAUAUGUAUUGAUUGUAUCACUGGAUAUUACUUUUUCAAUAAUGGUUGUGUUUCAACAAUACCUAAUGGUUAUUAUUUAUCAGGAAUAAUUUUAAAUAAAUGUCCAGACAUUUGUGGAAAUUGCAUAUCAGAAACUGAAUGUACCUCAUGUCCAUCUAACAAAUAUUUAUUAUCUAAAUAAUGUAUAGACAAUUGUCCUGACUCUUAUUAUUCCUAAAACUUUGUAUGUUAUCUUUGUGAUAAAUCUUGUUUACAAUGUACCUCAAGUACAUUAUGCAUUUAAUGUCCAGAAAAUUAAUAUCAUUUGUCUGGUAAAUGUUAUUAGACAUGUCCUAUUAAAUAUUACCCUUAAGAUUACUAAUGUUUAUCAUGUUAAUCAUCUUGUUCUACUUGUGUGAAUGGUUUAGAAUGUAAGACAUGUCCAAUUAGUGCGCCAUAUAUGUUAAAUAACUUAUGUGUAUAAUCUUGUUAGACCAAUUAUUAUAUAAAAUCAUUUGUAUGUAAUAAAUGUUAAAAUGAAUGUGCAACUUGUGAUGAAAAAGGGUGUCUUACAUGCAUAUAAAAUUACAAAUAUUUUGAGUUGACAUGUGUAAUUUCAUGUCCAAGUGGAUAUUAAGAUGUAAAUUAGAUAUUAAUAAAUUAAUUAGUUAAAUAAUGUAGGUCUUUGUGAAAAAGUGACUGAUACAGAAAAGUAAGUGAUUUCUAAUUUACAAGAAAAUAAGUAUAUUCCCGUUCCAUUUACAAUAGUAUCCGUAAUAAUGAUUUUGAGUGUUGUGGUAGCUAAAAUAUAGAAAUCUGAGGUAAAAGCAAUAUAAAAUAAAUAGACUUUUAUCCCAGGAUCAGCAGUAGGUUUAUUGGGUUUGAUAAUUGUAGGAUCAUGGGGAGUAUUACUGAUUUUAUAAGUUGAUUAUAUUUUAGAGAAGUUGGAAACAUAUCUUUUAGUGGCUGCAUUAGGAGUUCAUCUUCUAUUAAAUCUUGCUAAUUUAUGUAUUGUUAAACGUUGUACUAAUGGGGAUGCUACUUUUAGUACAUGGUACACAACAAGGACAUCUAAUUCAUGUGCUUUUAUAUUUUUGAAUAUCUUGUCUGUUUUGAGUUUCACUUUGACAAGAUUUUAUUUUUCAAGAUACUUUGGUUUUAGAUUCCUAAAGUGUAAAUUAUCAGAUGUUGAAAACUUGGUUGGUAUGAAUAUAAUUAAUGGACUUUGUGCUUUUGUAUUAUUAAUAUAUAUAUAUUUUAGUUCUGCUGUAUUCCUGCACUAAUUGCAAGUGUUCUAUUAGCUUAUAAAGAUCAAUUAAGAGAAUAAUUAUUCAUUAGUAGUAUUGAUUCUUUUAUUGUUACUAUUAUUUUUGGAAUCUGUUUAAUAUGGGAAACUCAAAAAGAAGAAAACUUUUUUGAAGAAAUUAAUUAUGCAUCUGUAUCAUAAUCACAUUAAGUCAUUCCAGAAUUUUUUUAAACUUAAAGAUCAAAGUAAUCUAAAAGAUUUUCUUUUGAAGAAUCAUUAAAUGGAUAAAAAUUUAAUCAUCAAGAACAGGAUGAAGAACCCUCAUUCCCUAAAAUUGAAGAAUCUAUUGAAUAUAAAGAUCCUAAUUAUUCUGAAUAACCAUUCUCAAAGAUGUUACAAAAGAAUUCAUAAUUCAGUUUUAUAUAAUAAAUACCAAAUCCAAAAUAAGAUCUCUUUAAUAGAUCUUAAGAAGAGAUCGUCUUAUAAAUUAAAAAUAAUGAUGUUUCUGAACCUCUAUCUAUUGGUGAAUCCUAAAGAGAUAUAUAAGAUAUACAAUAAAAAUAAACACUUGAAGAUUAAUAACUAUAGAAAAUAAGGGAAGAACAAUAGAGGAUUGAAUUUGAAAAGUAACAAGAAUAAUAAAGAUAAUAAGAAGAAUAGAAUAAAAUUGAAGAAUAAAGAAAAAUAUUAGAGGAAUAAAAGAAAGCAGAGGCAUACAGAAAAAUAUAAGAACAACAAAGAUAGGAAGAAAUUAAAAAAUAAGAAUAAGAAAGAUAAGUAGAAUUGAAAAGAUUAGAGGAUUUAUAGAAACAAGAAGAGUAAAGAUUAAAAUAAGAAGAAAUUCAAAAGUAAGAAUAAGAAAGAAUUAGAAAAGAAAAGGAAUUAUAAAUUUUGGAAGAAUAAAAAAAAUAAUAAGAAUUAUUGAUUUAAUAACAGUAAGAAGCAAAAAAAUUAGAACAAUAAAAGGAAUAAGAAAGAUUAGAAUAGAUAAAAGAGGAAUAAAGAUUAGCUUAAGAAAAAUAAGAAGCAUAAAGAUUAGAAUAAAUAAAGGAAGAGGAAAGAUUAGCUGAAUUAGCCUAAUAAUAAUAAAUAGAGGAAUAAAAUAGAGUAGCUGAAUUGAAGAGAAUUGAAGAGGAAUAAAAGGCUGAGAGAUUAAAAUAAGAAGAAGAAAAAAGAAUAUAAGAAGAAUUAAGGAUUAAAGAGUAGGAGGAGGAAGCUAAAAGAAUUUAAGAUGAAUAAAAAAAAUUGGAUGAAUAAAAAAUACAAGAAGAAUUAGAUAGAAAAAAAAAGGAAGAACAACUUUAGUAAUUAUUGGAAGAAUAAAAGUUAUAAGAAUAAAAAGAGUAAUAAAUGAUUUAAAGAUCUAAAAAGUCUCAUUAAAGUUCAGAAAUAGAAAUUAUGCAAAAUGAAAUAGAAGAUUUGAAAUAAGAAAUAAUUGAGUUUGAUUAACAAAAGGAUAAUAAAUUGAAUGACAUAAUUUUAGUAGAUUAAGAUGAUGAUGAUGUUGGAUGGAAUAUAGAAAAUGAUGAAAAUGAUGAAUAAUAAGAUUAUGAGCAAAGUUUAACAACUUAAUAAAAAAAAAUAUAAAAAGAAAUUAUUUAAGAUGAUAAAAAUGAUGCUGAUGAUGAUUGGGAUGUUCCAACAUCUGGUUUUGUGAGUGUAUAACCUAAAUCUUUGUUAAGAAAGGAUUAAUAGAUUGAAGAACCAGUUAAUCCAUUUAAAGGAUAUAAUUAAAGAUAAGCACCUGAUUCUGAUUUAUUUAAAUAAUCAAGAGCUGAUUCAGAUGAUGAAGAUUGGGCUGCUAAUUAAAUUUCUCCGUCUGAAUUCAAUGUUUUGAAUUAAAGAUUUGAUCAUGAAAAACAUUCAAUCACUUAAGCUGAGAGACCUAAAAAGUUUUCAUAAACGGGCUAAAAUUUCAAAUCAAUUGCUAAAAGACCAACUCUUCCUGAUCCUUAAAUUAAUAGUGAUAAUGAAUCAAUUGAUUAACAAUCAGUAUUUGAUUAAUUUGCUAGAAAUUAAUUAAGUUAGAAACCUUAAAAACAAAACUAGGGAUUAAAUAAAAUAUAUUUAUAAAGAUAACAGAUUAAGUAAAAAGGUUCAAAUAAUAUAGGAAUAAAUGAUAUCAAGUUUUGA